CAAACAUUCCCCCGGAGGAAGUCUUGAUAGUGGGCUUGGUAGUGAAUUUUCGAGUCAGGUUGAAAAAGGAAAUGGCGUCCAGUUUUCUUCUCAGAAUGGGAUCAAAAAGGACAAUGUGAUGAUUGAAGAACCAGUCAAAAUUAUGGAACGUGGCCAAUGGGGUGGUAAACUUGAAUUCAUUUUGACCUGUGUUGGAUACGCUGUAGGUCUUGGUAAUGUCUGGAGAUUCCCUUACCUGGCUUUUAAAAACGGUGGUGGUGCCUUUCUCAUUCCAUACUGGUUUAUGCAACUCUUUGUUGGAAUGCCACUUUUCUUUAUGGAGCUCUCAUUUGGACAAUUUGCUAGUUUAGGUCCAUUGGCAAUAUGGAAAGUUAAUCCACUCUUCAAAGGUUUGGGUUACUGUUCAGUAAUAGUAUCAGCCGUCAUAGGAUUGUAUUAUAAUGUUAUCAUCGGCUAUUGUUUCUUCUUUUUCUUUGCAUCAAUGUCUGAUCCGUUACCAUGGAGUCAGGAUGUGACGUCUCAUAAUAAUACAAACAGUACAGUUCUUCUUCCAAGUAACUUCACAAACAACACUGGUACAGAAAGAUCCAAAAGCGAAGAAUUCUUUUAUGAUAGAGUGUUGAAUAUGUCCGAUGGUCUACAUGAUUUUGGAACAGUUAGAUGGGAACUAGCUCUGUGCUUAUUAUUAGCAUGGGUAGUUGUCCUGGCAGUUUUGGCAAAAGGCAUCAAAAGUCUUGGAAAGGUUGUGUAUUUCACAGCAUUGUUUCCAUAUGUAAUAUUGACUGCUCUGUUCAUUAGAGGAGUUACCUUAGAUGGUGCUUCUGAUGGAAUAUAUUAUUAUCUGACACCACAAUGGGACAGAUUAGCAGAUUCAACCGUAUGGAGUGACGCUGCCACUCAAGUAUUCUUUUCACUAAGUGCCUGUUCUGGAGGUUUAAUUCUCAUGGCCAGUUACAACAAGUUUGACAAUUUUUGUCUUCGAGAUGCUUUAAUUGUGCCAAUUGUAGAUUGUUUAACGAGCUUUUUUGCUGGAUUAGUAAUAUUUACCGUUCUUGGUUUCAUGGCUCACCAAAAAGGCGUCACUGUGGAUGAAGUUGCAAGGGGAGGUCCGGGUCUGGCAUUCAUUGCUUAUCCAGAGGCCAUUUCCAACAUGCCUGCUCCAACAGUGUGGGCUGUUCUGUUCUUUUUCAUGAUGCUUAUUAUUGGAUUUAGUUCCGAGUUCUCAAUAAUGGAAACUGUCAUGGCAUCCUUUAUAGAUGAAUAUGCAUUUACUUUGAGAAAAAACUGGAGAAAUUCGGCAAUUUUCCGCGUAACAGUGUGUAUGUCUUUCUACUUGCUCGCGUUGCCUAUGACAACAAGGGGAGGAUUUUACUUAUUUGAAUUGGUGGACAACUCCAUUAGUGGUUUCCCAUUGCUUUUUGUUGGACUGUUCGAAUGCAUUACUAUUAACUGGAUUUAUGGCUACAACCAAUUUGCAGACGAUAUUGAAAUGAUGUUGGGUAAACGGCCAUGUUUCUAUUGGAGAUUUUGUUGGUCCUUUUUCACGCCAUUCGUCCUGUUUGUUAUAAUUGUGUUUAAAGCCUACCAGUAUGAACCAUUGACAUUGGAAGAUUAUGAAUAUCCGGACUAUGGACUAGCUUUGUGGUGGCUUAUUUGUUUGUUUCCAAUAUUAGCCAUUCCUACUGUGUUUUUGUACAAAUACAUUCCAAGGCGUCAUUUAGGGGUUAGAACGCUUAUGAAGCCUACAUUAGAGUGGGGACCGGCCUUUGAAGAAAACAGACGUGGUACAAAAUAUGAAAGAAUUAAAAAUCCAAUUUAUGGCCAAACCAAUCUGUCCUUUAUCCAUAAUGAACAUUCUGGUACAAACUAUCUAAAUGCAAAACUGUCAAAUGAACCUCCACCAUCUUACCAGGAAUCUACACGAAUGUAACAAAAAUAUAAAUUACAUAACAAACAUUAAGAACUAAAGUACAUUUGUUUUAUGAUACCAAAACAUGAUAUACAAGGGAUAUUAGUUUAUUGGUAAUACAUGUACCAUAAUACAUAUGAUGCUAAUGUCAUGUUUUGAUCAUAAAUAUGAAAUAAAAUGUUCGCACAACUCCCGAGAAGAAACAAAUUAUUUUAUUGUGUCAAUACUUGUAUAUUGGUAUUGCAAUUAAAAAGGUCCUUUCCUGUAAUAUAACAUAAACGGUAUCAAUUUUACUGCACCACUUGCAAAUUUUGUUUUCGUAUUCCAAACUCUCAAUGCAGGUUCUCAAGAAUGUUUUUAUUAAUAUUACAACAGUUUGUAAAAAUUUUAAAAGCAAAAUUCCGUUGAUAGAUAGCGUGUAUUUAUGUCAGAUUUUAUGCAUUUCCCUUUUUGAAAAUACCUUGGAGUUCGGUAUUUUUGUAAAACUUUUUUACCUGUAGAAUCUGCCGAUUACUGGUCGCAAAAUCCCAUUUUCAAAAUAAUUUUUUUUUUUAUAUUUGAAACUCAGGUUAUUUCACAAAGUAUGAUGAUAUCUUCUUUUUCAAACGGGAUAAUUAUAGCUUUUCUGUGUGGUUAACUGCCGAAACUACACCAACAAAGAACACUGUGCAAAUGGACGUCAUUGUUAUACUGAAGGCUGAGAUUUUGUUCGAACAUAUAAGAGAGCAACAUGAUUCAAGCCCUUUAUAACGUUUUUAUAGUUUGUUCUUAUGUAGUGCUGUAGACCACUGUCCCAGGUAAAGGUUUAUUGCCAACACACUUGUAUGUACAACACCACCACAUUCUUUAUGUGCCAGUUUUUAGUCAGAAGCCUGUAAUGCAGUGGUAGUCGUCUGUUCGCUGUUGUUCAUAGUUGUUUUUCAUGUAUUAUUUUUAGCAUUAAUCAUGCAGUUGGUCUUAAUUUUUGAAUAGUAUCCUAUUUAAUUAAAUCCAGAGCCCUUUAUAACUUACUAUACGGUGGUGACCUUUAAAUGUUUGGGCUGUUGAGUGUAGUUAUUUCAUUUGCAAUAAUAAAGCAUCUCGUUAUCAAAAUACAUGUAAUACAAGUUUUAUGUUGAAAUUUGUUACAAAUUGACAGAAACAGAACUGGCAUUUUAAACAGUUUGAUGUGUUUCAGCUUUUGAUUUUACCAUUUGAUAAGGGAUUUUCCGUUUUGUAUUUUGCUUGGUUUUCGGUAUUUUCGUUAUUUUACUUGUUUUAAUGUUGUAAAAUUGCGUAUAAAAUAACAAAUUUAACAUUGGCAUCACCUCCUCCAACUAUUAUUUCACCAUAUUAAGUCUCCACAAGAGGUCAACAUACAAAUAUCAAGACUCUCGGAAUUCAAUGUGAAAUUUAAUGUUUGUAAUACAUAUAAAAAGAAAGGCAUUAACUAUAAGCCUGAUAUAUUUGAUAAGUUGUUUUACAUGGCCAUGGACUUGAUUGCUCCAUCAUUUACCAAUUUAUUUUUUUUACUUUCAUGUUCUUUUUAAUCAUAACAAGUAAAACUCUGAUCAGUAACGUAUAAUAAUUUACAUGAUUUUUCAUAAUAAUGAUGAUUAUGUUCGGAAAGUUACUUUCUAGAGUUGUUACAACACUUACAAUUUAUAGUGAAAUGCACAUAUCUGUGGUACAAAAAAAGUCUUCUAUACUAUACAGUCACUCACUAAGUUGUAGAACCAAGGAAAACAUCAAGUGUUGCUACAUUACAUAAUUCUAAUUUCAUGUAGUUACAAUAUAUAUCACAGUUUUGUCAACAAUUGUUGUGAAAAUAAUGUCAGCAAUUUAUUAGCCAUCAUGACUUAACCGAAUCUGUCUCAGUAGCAGGUAUUGUUCAAUAGUCUACUCUUUUCAAGAAAUGAUUGUUCAAUAGUCUACUCUUGUCAAGAAGUGAUUGUUCAAUAGUCUACUCUUGUCAAGAAGUUUUUACCUUAAAAAUGUUUAUCCCAAUUGCUGACACCAAAAACAGUUUCAAGUCCAUCAUAAUGGAAUCGCAUUAACUCCAAAAGGAGCGAGAUUUCGUCCUCAUCGAUUUACGAGAUUUAACAUUGGUAAACUACUGUCGCCUUAAUUUACACUGCCAUCAAAAUGAAUACAUUAACACUUUUAAAACACAAUUUCUGAAGGAUAUGUUGAUAUUUGUUUUGGGGAAACGUAGAAGCCUUACUUUACACUCGUAUGCUGGUUGUUUGAACUCUUCAUCAAUCUGUGGUCC